UGUGCAACUGUAGCCCUAACCACAUUUCUGUUCCUGCACUGUUUUGCCCAGCAGUAGUUUUUGAUCAUUCUAAGUCAUUUGCUGAAUCUGGAGGACAGCAUGAAGCUGCUCACCACCUUUCUCUUUGUGAUCCUUCUAGCUCUUUGGAUGGGAUUCCCCUCCACAACCGGGAGUGACCUCCCAGCAGGAAAGCAGAGUCCAGAAAAGCCGGGGGAGUGUCUACCCGAUCCUUGCAUCUGCAAUACUCCUACAGUUUAUAAGUGCUGGGGAGAUAAUGAUUGCGAAGGAAGGAAGAAGUGUUGUAGAUAUUGUUGUACAAUGGAGUGUAGAGAUCCAAGGCUUCCCGGCUAAUGAAAGUGGUUUGAUGGUUCAAUGUAUUCAACAAUAUUUCAGCAUCUUUUUGAUCCCUUCAUAAGCCUCAAUGUCUCUUGAACAAGAGAUGAGAAGAGCAAGAUAUCUGCCACACUGCUUUACUCCUUGUUUUUUUCAGGGAACUUUUCUUUCUGCCUGUUUUGCUGAAUGUCUCACUUUCUGUCUUACAGCUUGCUAUUAUAUACAUAUU